GCGUCGCGAAAAAGCUCUUGGGAUCUACCUGAUCUGCAUCUGCUCAACCCGAGAAAUCAAUAAAAACCCUAGACACUGUUAAGCCCUGUUCCGCCAUCACCAUCACCAUCACAAUUCUCUGUUGGGUUGGGGUUUCAGAUCUUCGUAUUUAAACACGUUGGAGUAACUGUUUUUCUGGCUAAAAAAUGGGAGGAGGAUUUAGAGUGCUGCAUCUGGUCAGACCAUUUUUAUCAUUUCUGCCAGAAGUUCAGAGUGCUGACAGGAAGAUUCCCUUUAGAGAAAAGGUCAUAUACACCGUCAUUUCUCUUUUCAUCUUUCUGGUUUGCAGUCAGCUCCCUCUAUAUGGCAUACACUCUACAACAGGUGCAGACCCUUUCUAUUGGAUGCGUGUUAUUCUUGCUUCAAACCGUGGAACUGUCAUGGAACUGGGGAUCACUCCUAUCGUGACUUCUGGUCUGGUGAUGCAACUCUUAGCUGGGUCAAAGAUCAUUGAGGUGGACAACAGUGUCCGUGAAGAUCGUGCACUCCUAAAUGGUGCACAGAAGUUGCUGGGAAUCCUGAUUGCCGUUGGUGAGGCUGUUGCCUAUGUUCUGUCAGGAAUGUACGGAAGUGUCGGCCAACUUGGUGUUGGGAAUGCUAUUCUCAUUAUUAUUCAGCUUUGCUUUGCUGGAAUCAUUGUUAUAUGCUUAGAUGAACUUCUCCAGAAGGGAUAUGGUCUUGGAUCUGGGAUUUCCCUUUUCAUAGCUACCAAUAUCUGUGAGAAUAUAAUCUGGAAAGCAUUUAGCCCCACAACUAUCAACAGUGGCCGUGGUGCUGAAUUUGAAGGUGCUGUUAUUGCUUUGUUCCAUCUACUGAUUACUAGGACAGAUAAAGUUCGUGCUCUCCGGGAAGCUUUCUACCGGCAGAACCUUCCAAAUGUGACAAAUCUGCUUGCGACUGUCCUGAUCUUCCUUAUUGUUAUCUACUUCCAAGGUUUCCGUGUUGUUUUGCCUGUGAGAUCCAAAAAUGCACGUGGACAACAGGGUUCUUAUCCAAUUAAGCUAUUUUACACAUCGAACAUGCCCAUCAUUCUUCAAUCUGCACUUGUAUCCAAUCUUUAUUUCAUCUCUCAGUUGCUACAUAGGAAGUACAGUGGAAAUUUCUUGGUAAAUCUAUUGGGUAAGUGGAAGGAAUCUGAAUAUUCAGGCCAGUCUAUCCCAGUUGGUGGUCUUGCUUACUAUGUCACUGCACCAUCAAGCUUGGCAGACAUGGCAGCCAAUCCCUUUCAUGCUCUCUUCUAUUUAGUGUUCAUGCUGUCAGCCUGUGCACUGUUCUCAAAAACUUGGAUUGAGGUUUCUGGAUCUUCUGCUAAAGAUGUGGCCAAGCAACUUAAGGAGCAACAAAUGGUGAUGCCUGGACAUCGGGAUUCAAAUUUACAGAAGGAAUUGAAUCGGUAUAUCCCUACUGCAGCGGCGUUUGGGGGAAUGUGCAUUGGUGCCUUAACCGUGUUGGCCGAUUUCAUGGGAGCAAUUGGUUCGGGGACAGGAAUUCUACUUGCGGUUACAAUCAUAUAUCAGUACUUUGAGACAUUUGAGAAGGAGAAGGCCAGUGAGCUGGGUAUCUUUGGCUUUUAAGAUCUAGUGGUUUUUCUUGGAUGAUGAUGACAGUGACAAUGAGUUCGAUUGCAGCUUAGGUCGAGCUGAGAGAUCAAUGUAGUGUUUGACCUUUGUUGAAAUUUUACUUAGCAACUUGACUACUUGUUUACUUGUGAAAUUUCAAAAUGUUAGGAAAUACAUGGAGGCAAACUAACAGCUGUUUUGGCAAAAAACAAUUUUCUUCUUUUGACUUA